UUGUCAGACCGGAGGACCAGUCGUCGGAUAGCGAGUCAAAUUAGUUUUGCAUGUUCAAGUUUAGGUAAUUAAGUGAAAAGUAGACGAUUAUAUUUUCAUGUGUUUCACGUAGUUAGGAUUAUUUUUUAAUGUAGUUCUGAUUCAUCUUAAGUUUUUAUUCGAAUUUAAACGUGUAUAGUUCGGUCGAAACGGAUCUGACUGGUGUCCUCUGCCAGCGAAACGCAUUUGGACAGAACUGCCGUAAUUUAUGAUUGAAUCGGAUUACUUUUAUAUAGCUUUAGUUUCUUGGUUUUAGCUGUAUCUGGGAAGUGAGAAAAUGAGCGCUGGAAUGGCGAAGGCGGCGAAGCCUUCAUCUCACGUUGAUCCAAAGUCUGCACCAUUGAAGGAAAUCCCAGAUAUUUUAGUGGAUCCUCGAACCAUGAAGCGGUACAUGAGAGGACGUUUUCUCGGGAAAGGUGGCUUUGCAAAAUGCUACGAAAUUACAGAUAUGGACACAAAGGAAGUCUUUGCCGGGAAAGUUGUUCCAAAAUCGCUACUGAUGAAGCCGCACCAGAAAGAGAAAAUGAGCACAGAAAUCUCCAUUCACAAGAGUCUCGACAACCCGCACGUCGUGGGGUUUCACGGCUUUUUCGAAGACGACGACUUCGUUUUCGUCGUUCUGGAGAUAUGUCGAAGACGGUCUCUUCUGGAGCUGCACAAACGGAGGAAGGCAGUCACAGAGCCCGAGGCGAGAUACUUCAUGCGCCAGACCAUCCAGGGCGUCCACUACCUGCACAACAACCGCGUCAUUCACCGUGAUCUCAAACUUGGCAACCUGUUCCUUAACGAUGACAUGGAUGUGAAGAUCGGUGACUUUGGCUUGGCUACCAAGAUUGAGUUUGAUGGGGAGAGAAAGAAGACCCUAUGUGGAACCCCAAACUACAUCGCUCCUGAGGUGCUGUGUAAAAAAGGCCACAGUUUUGAAGUGGACGUCUGGUCGCUGGGUUGUAUUCUGUACACCUUGCUCGUUGGUAAACCUCCAUUUGAGACGUCCUGUCUCAAGGAGACGUAUGUUCGCAUCAAAAAGAAUGAAUACACUAUCCCCAGGCACAUUAACCCGGUGGCUGCUACACUGAUUCGCCGGAUGCUCCAUGCUGACCCCACGCUCAGACCCUCUGUGGCCGACCUACUCACAGACGAGUUUUUCACCUCUGGUUACAUGCCGCUGAGGCUGCCAACCUCUUGCCUGACCGUGUCGCCAAGGUUCUCCAUCGCCCCCUCCUACAUUGACCCUGGGCUACACCGCCGGCCUCUCACUGCAUUAAACAAAGAAACGGACAGUCCCAUUGAGAAAGUCGGAAAAGCGGAAGAGCAACAGAAAGAGGAGUUUCAGAGGGAUGGGUUCGAACAGCCGGACGGUCACCUGAACGAAAUGUUGCAGCAGCUGACCACCCUUAACGCGGCCAGGCCAUCUGAGAAAGACGUCAGAAAGCAAGAUGAAGCAGAGGACCCAGCCUGUAUCCCCAUCUUCUGGAUCAGCAAAUGGGUUGACUACUCUGACAAAUAUGGCCUCGGUUACCAGCUGUGCGACAACAGCGUUGGGGUACUGUUCAACGAUUCCACCCGUUUGAUCAUGUAUGAGGAUGGAGACAGUCUGCAGUACAUUGACCGCAACACGGCAGAGUCCUACCUCAGUGUGCGCUCCUACCCUGCCGCGCUCUCUAAAAAGAUCACUCUGCUGAAGUAUUUCAGGAACUACAUGAGUGAGCACUUGUUGAAGGCGGGGGCCAAUAUUACGCCACGCGACGGCGACGAGCUGACCCGCCUGCCCUACCUGCAUCACUGGUUCCGCACCAAGAGUGCCAUCGUGCUCCACCUCAGUAACGGCACGGUGCAGAUCAACUUCUUCCAGGACCACACAAAGUUGAUCCUGUGUCCCCUGAUGGCGGCGGUGACGUACAUCGACGAGAGGCGUGACUUCCGCACUUACAGAAUGAGCUUGAUCGAGGAGUACGGGUGCAGUAAGGAGCUGGCCAGCCGCCUGCGCUACGCCCGCAGCAUGGUGGAGAAACUGCUGGCCUGCAAAGGCGCGACGGCCACGGCGGCCCCGACCUCCACCCGCUAGUCUGCCACCCGCCAGGGUGCUCCAGCCGACCAGUUAGAUUGCGUGAUGGCAGAUGGCUAGCCAGUCGAACAUUACCCAAAGACUCGUUUGAGUCGAGCGGCUGUUUAACGUUCGAGUGGCUGAACCCUUGGGUUUUCAUAGGGUCUGUGGUGUUUACUACUGCCUGCUCUUGUGGGUUGGGGGGAAGCUUAACGUGACUGUGCUCUUUUUGUCUGCUGCAUCAUGUACAUACUUUCAUGUCUGUGGUUUUGUUUUGUUUUUUUUAAGUUCUGUAUUUCCUUACUUUUGUCUGUCCUUUUUGUAUAAAGGCUUUAGUCAAAGAUAUCAAUAGGUUAAUAAGAUUUUAUUAUUCUUAAUGAAUCCAAAUUUAAUAAAGAUCUUUUUGUUGAAAUGUGGUUCCAUCUAGCCUAAAAAUUGCUCAAGAAUGGUAGUGCAAGUUUUAGGAAAACAUCAACUCCUUUUUAUAUUAUACAGAAAAAGCUGACUUAAACCAUUUUGUUCUAAGGGUGUAUUGGACGAUAUCCCUUGCAAUGUGGUUUUUUUUGUUUUUGUUUGGUUUUUUUGUUUUUUUUUACUAUUUUGAUAAUUUGGCACACAGUUUAAUACCUUGUACAAGUACUUCAGGAUCCACACAGACCUUCUAGGGGCAGUCAAUUAUGUUCUGCUUGUUCUGACACAAUAUGAAUAGAGGCAAAACCCACUUUGUUGUGGGUUUCCAAUCCCAUACUCCCAAAAACUGAAUUUGUUAAAAUGGUAAACCCAAUUGUAUUCGUCAGCAAAUAAUUAUUUUAUCUAACUAAUAAUGGAGCCUCAUGCAUCGUGUGUGGCAAUCAGCCCCAAUCAGAAGACGCAUGUUUAUCAGAUAUGACAUCUGUUAGAAACUAUUUUUUGGUUGCUGUCAAAGGCAUUUUUAUGCAUACAUUUACUGUUGGAAAUGCUGUCUAAAGGUCCCCACAGCAGGGUAAGAUAUUUGCUAAAUUCAUGUACUACUGUAAACAAAACAUGCAAAGCCUUGUGAACAAGUUUUAUUGGGGGCAGGGCUGUUGCUCAGUAUUUUAAGUAAUGCACAGCUGUAAAGCUUUGUUAAAAACAAGCUUGGCAUCGAAAAUAAUUUACAGUCUAAAAAUGUAAACCAAGGUAAAUGUGCUUCUUUGUAGAAAAGUACCAAGGCCUUUAUUAUUUAAAGACAAGUUGUAAAAUAUCAGGCCAUGUAUUACAUACUCCACCAGCUCUGCUGUAUGGAUGCCUAGAACAGGUAGGAACCUUGUAAAGGUUAACCCCUUAGUAUAGAGUGAGUAUGGCACUAACCCCAUUUUCAUCCUACCUGUGUGCUGUUCAUAUGUAUAAAUUUUAGCAUUUCUGUGGGUUUUAUAUUUGUUUUGCAAUGCAACCUAUAAAAAAUAAAUAGGAAUCUCUUCAAUGUUCUUA